GUGUAUAUAUAUAUACAUGAAUAAUCAAAUGAAAUACUGAUUCACAGUGAGAAACAUCAGACAAGUGUCUGUGAACACCAUUGAUUUCAUCAACCUGCAAACUCCACGAAGACCUGCAGCGUUACCACUGCCUUUUCCAACUGCCCACACCCGAGCGUCAACUCAUAGCACGACUGCCAUGAUCAGAGGAAACUCAAAACAGAAGAUAAAAACAACAAGACAGGCAGUUGCUAUAGAAAAGUCCACUGGUGCCAAGAAAGUUGUUUCAACUCAAAGGAAUGAUUGUGACCUAAAGAAUCAUGAUGGCGAUCUGAAAAAGCUAAUGCUGGAAGACCAGGAAUGUAACAAGUUGUUACUUAGCGUCAAGGACAGCAAGAGGCAAAGACAAAUGAAGGUGGAAGAGCAACAGAAAAAUCUGGCAGAGGCAAGGAAAUAUCACAAAGUGUUGAUUUCCAGAAAGAUGACUCAGGCAAAGAAGAUCAAGUCAGUAAAUAAAACUGUUGGGCGUGGUGUACCUUUGCACGCAUCUCAAGAGGAUAUCCUGCUUCAUGAGAUGCUGGUAACUCAGGAGAGAAUCCAGAGAAGUAAAGUCAAAGUGCUGGAGACUGAGCUCAGUGCUCUGUCAGGAUUACCUCCAAGGUCCACACCAAUGCUUAAACUCCAGAGACCCAAACCAGCCUUCAAAAUUCCGAAUCUUGUUUUCCGAAAGGUGGAAAAUGACAGCUUGCCUCCCGUGGGGGUACAAGAAAAGGUUAAAUACUCUGAUGAGGUUUAUGACCCAGAGAAAGGAUUGGGAAAGCGUAAAGAGUUUACUGUACCAGUUGCCUGUGUCCAUCAAGUUCCUCCACUUGAUUUGAGCAAGCUGCUUGAUGAUAGCCUGUCUGCUGUGGGAAAAAGGCCUACCGUACCAGCUGUCUGUGGUCAGAAAGGGAGGAAAUUGAUAGCCAGUGGAAAUUGUGCGGCCAGACAAAACAUGACUAAAGAUCAUGACAACAUUUCGAGAUCUGUGGUUUUUCUUCCUGAUAUCAAGGACAAUGACAAAACCAAAUUUUUCAUUCCAAAUAUAUUUAAUUGCAAAUCUAUCUUAUGAUUAGUGAAUUUUGUUUUAAAAGAUGUUCAUUGGGAUGUACUUUAUAGGCAGCAAUCUGUAGAACUUUAGAAGUUGUGAAUGCUUUUUAGCUCAUCUGAGCUGAAAGCUCAAGUGAGCUUUUCUGUUCGCCUGUUGUCUUUCUGUAAACUUUUUAUAUUUUUUACUUCUUCAGAACCACCGGGCUAAUUUCAACCAAACUUGGCAAAAAGCGUCCUCGGGUAAAGGGCUUUUAAAUUUGUUCAAAUAAACUUCAAAGGGGAGAAAAUCACAAAAAUAGGAUGGGGACAUUUAAAAAUCUUCUCAAAAACCACUGAGCCAGAAGAGCUGAAAUUUACAUGAAAGCUUCCUGAUAUAAUACAGAUUCAGGUUUGUUAAAAUAAUGACCAAAGAACCAUUGGGCCAGAAAAGUUUACAUGACAGCUUCCAAGUUUGUAAAAAGUCAUGGCCCUGGGGAGUAAAUUGGGGCCACAUUAGGGAUCAAAGUUUUACAUGCGAAUAGAUAGGGGGAAAAUCUUAAAAUAUGGGCCAAGUUAACUCGAUCAGGUGAGCGAUGUGGAUCAUUGGCCUCUUAUUUAUUUCCUAAAUACAAAUGUAUUAUUUUCUUUAGUUCUACAGCAUUGUAAAGAAAUAUUUAAAGUAGUUUAUGAAUUAAUAUUUUUGCAGUCAUCUCAGACUCUCCGGUAGGCCCUGUCCACCACUGGUAGUUCUGAAGGGUUUUUUGUUGUUGACCUUUCCGGAUUUCUCCAGGGUGCUGGUAUAUUUCUUUGGAACCCUCCUGCAAUUCGUGUUAUGAUAUAAUGGGCAUUUGUCAUAAGUGCACAAUUUACACAUGUAUUUUGUAUAUGUCCAUGUGCUGUUUUUGCGUAUUUUGCUUGACCUUUAGUUACGCGAGAACUUUUUAUUCUAACAAGAAAUAAAAAAAGAAUAAUGAAAGUUAUCUCGUUGAUUUUCAUAUUUCAUUAAUGUUGAAAAAUGAUACAAUGACUACUCCGCAUUAUGUCAUAAGUUUGUUCAAUAUAUGUAUAUUGGAGAGUUUUGUAAUCCCAGUAAGGGAUUUUUUAAUCUUCAGAUUUUAUCAACUUUCAGCCCAUUUACAAGAUGGUGUUUAUAUUUUUCCUUUGAAUCAGGUGAAAUAUUGCUAAUUGUAUUGCUUUAAAUUUUGAAGGAUGUCAACAACUCGAUAUCAUGUUAUUUUAACGCAUUUGAUGGCAAACUAAAAUGCUUUACAAGCAGUAUUGAUUAGCUUGAACAUAUUGCAUGUUUUGUUGGUUACAUUUUGACUAUGAUCAUGUAUGGACCAACACAGUACAAUAGAAUAGAGCAAUGAAUGUAUGUAUUCUAAUUUUUUCAUUUAACUUAAAGAUAUUGCUUGUGAA